CAAAUACCGAAUAUAAAUUCAUUUCCAACAUAGUUAGAGUCGCUCUAAACGCAGAACUCUCUGGAAAAUUUGCCUUGCAUCAGAAACAAGUCGGUGUCGCAGAAUUCAAUUUUCCGGUGAAAACAGGCGGAGUUGGCCGUCGGAGACGUUAGUAACAUUAACAUUUGGUCAUAAAAAAGAUGUUGCCAUCAAUGCAAAGUUGUGUUGGCUCUUUACCUCUAUUAUUGCCAGCUAGUUGUACUAGUCAGACUCAAGAACGAAUUAAGCAUUUCAGUCCAAACAUAGUUGGUAUGCAGCCCUUACCUUAUAGAAUUACAAAAGGAAAACUUCGGACUGCAACUUUUCGAAGUUCAUCAUCUCGGUUCAAAUGCGGUGCUGCGAUGAAUGUUACAUGCUAUGCUGCUGGUGCAACCCAAACUGUAACCCGCGAUGCUCGGACAAUUACGGUUACUCCUGACAAGGUGAAGAACCCUAGACUUGAUGACAAUGGGCCUGGAUUGCCACCUCGCGACGAUGACGGCAAUGGUGGUAAUGGAGGCGGUGGCGGUGGUAAUUUUUCAGGUGGACUAGCCCUUUUGGGUAUUCUUGGUGUCCUAGACAUUCUUAAAGACAUAGAGGGUGAAUUGCAAAGCAAAGUCAAAGAAAGAAGCUUUGAUCAAGCUUGAUAAUUAGUCUUAACUGUGGUAGUGAAAUUACUUGAUACCUUGUGUUAUAUAAAAAAAUGGAUAAUCAGACCUUGUUAUAAUAUGGUCACAAAUAAUGAAGAUAUGUAAAAAAACAAACUCCUAUUCCUAAAUCCUAAAUGGAAUGAACUUAGAAUCA